UUCAUUCUUGGGACUCCUUAAACGUUGGGCAACAGCUAGCCAAACAGUCUUGCACUUUCUUCUGCCUUAGGCUGUUAUGCUGCCUUUUCCCUUUAGACAUUUUGCGAAGCCCCUGAGAAGAUGUUGCCAGGCCGGGGGGAGCUUGCGGGCCCAGCACAGCAAAGCAGCCACUGCAUCUGACAAGGAUGCUCCGGCCUGGACGGGGCAAGAGAGCUUGGCAGAGAGCGACCCUGAGAUGUGGGAACUGGUACAGCAGGAGAAGGAUCGGCAGUGCCGGGGACUGGAACUCAUUGCCUCAGAGAAUUUCUGCAGCCGAGCUGCCCUGGAGGCCCUGGGCUCCUGCCUGAACAACAAGUAUUCGGAGGGCUAUCCUGGCAAAAGCCUGACGCAUGGAUAUAUGUCGGAUAUCAAGCGUAUCUCGGCCACGUCCAUCUUCUUUGAAUCCAUGCCCUACAAGCUCAAUCCAGCAACAGGACUGAUCAAUUAUGACCAACUAGAAAUAACAGCCCGUCUGUUCCGCCCACGUCUUAUUAUUGCUGGCACCAGUGCCUACGCCCGCCUUAUUGACUACUCCCGCAUCAAGAAGGUGUGUGAGGAGGUGAAGGCCUACAUGCUAGCUGACAUGGCCCACAUCAGUGGCUUGGUGGCAGCCAAAGUCAUCCCAUCGCCCUUUGACUAUGCUGACUUGGUGACCAGCACGACCCACAAGACGUUACGUGGGGCCAGGUCUGGGUUGAUCUUCUACCGCAAAGGUGUCCGUUCUGUGGACAAGAAGACGGGCAAGGAGAUUCCUUACAAUCUGGAGGAAAGGAUCAACUUUGCUGUCUUCCCGUCACUGCAGGGUGGGCCUCACAACCAUGCUAUUGCUGCUGUGGCUGUGGCCCUGAAACAGGCCAGCUCCCCCAUGUUCCGGGAGUAUUGCCAGCAGGUCCUGAAGAAUGCUAAAGCCAUGGCGGAGGCUCUGCUGCAGCGGGGAUACACCCUGGUCUCAGGGGGCACAGAUAACCACUUGGUGCUUGUGGACCUGCGGCCAAAAGGCAUCGAUGGGGCCCGGGCUGAGCGGGUGCUAGAACUGGUGUCCAUAACGGCAAACAAGAACACCUGUCCUGGAGACAAGAGUGCGUUAACACCUGGAGGUUUGCGGCUUGGGGCGCCUGCGCUUACCUCCCGGCGUUUCCAGGAAGCUGAUUUCCAGAAAGUGGUGGAAUUCAUAGAUGAAGGGAUCCAAAUCGGCCUGGAUGUCAAAAAGAAAACCUCCAAGCUCCAAGAUUUCAAAUCUUUCUUGCUAACUGACCCAGAGACAAAGAGGAGCCUGGCUGACCUCCGGCAGCGCGUCGAGACCUUUGCCCGUGCCUUCCCCAUGCCUGGCUUCGAGGAACGUUGAAAAGGAUGCCCAGCCAGAGACUAGCGAUCAUGCCCUCAUAGCAGGGCACACAAGAGGCCAAAUGCCAGGAGUCCCUGUUUCCCUUGCCUCUCUGACGUAGCCAGCCAGCAGGGGCCCUUCUUCCGGGAGAAUGUCUCCCCUAGGCCACCGUCUCCCUCUCCCCUGCGCUCAUUUUAUAGUGACUGCAACAACUGACCUCCUUUUGUUUACAGCAGGACUAGUCUCUGACUUGCAAUAUAUUUGUAAUGAUCUGUGCCAUCUGUUAGGCAAGGUGGACUAUGAGAAUUAAAACAGCUCCCACAGUUGCCUCGAAACUGUGACUGAAUCAAGGCUGAGAAUUUUUGCGAGACUCUCACCUGGGAAACCUGCAUGCCAGUGAGUGUACUCGUAUCCUUGCCUGCAUGCGUAAAUAUGCAGAUACCUGUAUGUGCAUCACCAGGGAUCCACAGGUAUUUCCUUAGGGCUGCAACCGCCAUAUAUGAGUUUUCAUCUAAAGACCAUACAUUUGUACAGAUAUUUUGGUUAGAGGCUCAAAAUGCUUUAAAAACUUUGUUCCCAUUAAUGGUCAUAGGACUUGGGAGGUCUUUCGUUCUUUCUUUUGCGUGUGAGGACAACAUGAUUUACCCGCCUCUAAAAUUCCACAGGAAUAAUCUCAAGAAUGGGCCAAAAAGAUACAGACAGUGCAAGUCCUGGCUCAACCUGGUUCUUUCGCAAGCUUCCCGGGGUUUACGGAUUGUAGUUUGGCUAGGCCAAUUGCAAGGUUCCUCUCCCAGGGUCCAGAUUGUGCCAAAAGCCAACUUACUGUGAUAUUCAUUAAAAAAAAAAUCUUGCAAAAAGUGAUCCGGUAGACAGGACCUUCUGUUUAAAUAGGAGUACCUCUUUCUCUCUGGGUGAAUGCAA